AACGGCUGGGCCGCCUGACGGCAUAGUCAGAGCCGAGGUUUCGGUUCAGGCGGAUCUGGUUCGAGGGAGGGAGGCCGAGACCCGCAGGGAUGCUGCCCAUCACAGAGCACCUGCUGCACCUCCUGGGAUUGGAGAAGACGGCGUUCCGUUUGUAUGCCCUGUCCGGGCUGCUUCUCUCCCUGCUCUUCUUCCUCUUCCGUCUGCUGCUGCAGUUCCUGAGGCUCUGCUGGCACUUCUAUACCACCUGCUGCCGACUGCGCUGCUUCCCCCAGCCGCCCCGGCGCAGCUGGCUGCUGGGCCACCUGGGCAUGUAUCUCCCGAAUGAGACAGGCCUCCAAGAUGAGAAGAAGGUGCUGGACAGCAUGCACCAUGUGAUCCUGGUGUGGAUAGGACCUGUCCUGCCACUGUUGGUUCUGGUGCACCCUGACUACAUCAAGCCCCUGGUGGGGGCCUCAGCUGCCAUUGCCCCCAAGGAUGACCUUUUCUAUGGUUUUCUGAAACCUUGGCUGGGAGAUGGGCUGUUGCUCAGCAAAGGUGACAAGUGGAGCCGCCACCGCCGCCUGCUGACACCUGCCUUCCACUUUGACAUACUGAAGCCCUACAUGAAGAUCUUCAACCAGUGCACCAAUAUCAUGCAUGCUAAAUGGCAGCGCUUGGCAGAGGGCUCAGAAGUCUCCCUUGACAUGUUUGAGCAUGUCAGCCUCAUGACCCUGGACAGUCUUCAGAAAUGUGUCUUCAGCUACAACAGCAACUGCCAGGAGAAGAUGAGUGAUUACAUCUCGGCCAUCAUUGAGCUGAGCGCACUGGUGGUCCGGCGUCAGUAUCGCCUGCAUCACCACAUUGACUUCAUCUACUAUCGCACAGCAGACGGACGGCGUUUCCGGCAGGCCUGUGACACCGUGCAUCACUUCACCACGGAGGUCAUCCAGGAGCGGCGGCGGGCACUACACCAGCUGGGGGCUGAGGCCUGGCUUAAGGCCAAGCAGGGCAAGACCUUGGACUUCAUAGAUGUGCUGCUCCUGGCCAGGGAUGAAGAUGGGAAGGAACUGUCAGAUGAGGACAUCCGAGCUGAGGCAGACACCUUCAUGUUUGAAGGUCAUGACACAACAUCCAGCGGGCUCUCCUGGGUGCUGUUCAACUUGGCCAAGUAUCCAGAGUACCAGGAGAAGUGCCGGGAAGAGAUCCAGGAAGUCAUGAAAGGUCGGGAGCUGGAGGAACUGGAGUGGGGCGACCUAACCCAGCUGCCCUUCACCACUCUGUGCAUCAAGGAGAGCCUCCGCCAGUUCCCACCUGUGACCCUGGUUUCCCGCCGCUGCACGGAGGACAUUAAGCUCCCAGAUGGGCGCAUCAUCCCCAAAGGAAUCAUCUGCCUAGUCAGCAUCUAUGGGACCCACCAUAAUCCUACAGUGUGGCCUGACUCCAAGGUGUACAACCCCUAUCGCUUUGACCCGGACAACCCACAGCAGCGCUCCCCGCUGGCUUACAUGCCCUUCUCUGCAGGACCCAGGAACUGCAUCGGACAGAGCUUCGCCAUGGCUGAGAUGCGCGUGGCCGUGGCGCUGACGCUGCUGCGCUUCCGCCUGAGCGUGGACCGAACGCGCAAGGUGCGGCGGAAGCCCGAGCUCAUUCUGCGCACGGAGAAUGGCAUCUGGCUCAAGGUGGAGCCGUUGCCUCCGCGGCCCUGCGGGUCGGCGUGCCCCUGAGGAUCCCGGGGGCCCAAGCCCCGCCCAGAGAGGCCCAGGUUCCGCCCCCGAGGGCCCAGGCCCCUCCCUCAAGAUCCUGACGGCAUAGACCACGCCCGUCGAAGUCCAGGCUCAUUAAGCAGCCUGGUGGCGCAGGUCACACCCACUUAGGGCAAGGCUCCGCCCCUGGAGGGUCUGAUCCCGCCCCCGCAAGUCCAGGCCCCGCCCCCGAAUGCCAGUUUCUGCCCUCUUGUUUGAAGGACCAGGAUUGGCCACUCCCCUCGGGCUCAGGCCCCGGCCCAGCAUCCUUCGGAUUUAGGUCUUCAGUCUCUGCCCAUUGAGCCUUCCAAGGACCUAAGACCUGACACCUAAGGCCUCCAGGAUACAAGCCCAGUCUACUUCAGAUCCCGGCUGGCUUUUAUUAUUAUUAUUAUUAUUAUUAUUAUUAUUAUUAUUAAUUUAUUUUUUGCGGUACGCGGGCCUCUCACUGUUGUGUCCUCUCCCGUUGCGGAGCACAGGCUCCGGACGCGCAGGCCCAGCGGCCAUGGGUCAUGGGCCUAGCCGCUCCGCGGCACGUGGGAUCUUCCCGGACCGGGGCACGAACCCGUGUCCACUGCAUCGGCAGGCAGACUCUCAACCACUGCGCCACCAGGGAAUCCCCUGGCUGGCUUUUAAACGGAGGAUUUGAGAACUGGAGCCUGAGAUCAGAACCUUGAACCGAACAUCACCUUCUUGAGGCCCCCAGCUCAUGUGGAUGAACUCCCCAGGAAUCAGGUUGCAUCCCAGGGCCCACUCUGUUUGUUGUUGAUUUGUAAACCCAGACUCUCCCUUUUAAGUUCCUUCCUUACUCUCUUGCUCAAAGGCCCUUUGCUGAGUGUCCUGAUUUUUGCAGAAUAAAAGCAAGGGAUGCAGCAUCCCCCAUCAUCCAUCCCCUAGCCCGGUCAGAUCCUUACACCUGGAUUCCAGCAAGGAAAUGAGGGGUCCUGGACAGUUGGGAAGCUGUGGGCUAGGAGGCUGGGAAGCCAUUUGUCUUCGGACAUAA